CCCUCUUCUCCAAGUGCCGUUUCGGUUUAACCUAGUGUGUGACUGGAUGAGGGAGGGAAUGUGUGAGGUGUUGAGCUGAGAGUGAGGUAAACGGAGAGGCUCCCUCAGGAGCAGGGGGCGAAAGAGACGCGAGCGUGGAGGUUGCGGAAGCCUGCGACAGGAAGCUGCUUCGAGGCGGGCUGCCGGAUAGGGGAAGGGGCCGCGCAGUCCUCACAGGGCCCCGGAGCCGGAGUCGGGCCCACAGCUCCGGACCGGCGGCUUCCUGCUUCCUCGACCUCCCCGACGCCCGGACUCGAGGACUGGCUCGGUGCGGGGAGGUGGGGAGACAGACUCCACCUGCCGCCAGGAGUCUCGCAACUCCACUGCUGACGAACUCACGCUUCUCUCCAGGCUCCUUCACCCCCCCGCCUCAUGUAGGAGUGAGGCGAGGGUUCCGGAGGGAGGAGGAGCCUGGGCCGCCGACCCUUCCCUCCCCAACCCCUGUGAGGGCGCUGUGGUAGGCGUGGGGUUGGGGUCGGGGGGGAGGGUGGGGGCUACUUUUUGGAGUAUUGGGGAACUUUUUCCCCCUUUUGAGGCCAGUGUAAAGGUAAUGCCCAAUUCGGAGAGACAUGGGAGCAAGAAAGACGGGAGUGGAGGCGCUUCUGGAACUUUGCAGUCGUCUUCUGGAGGUGGCAGCUCAAACAGCAGGGAGCGUCACCGCCUGGUAUCGAAGCAUAAGCGACACAAGUCCAAGCACUCGAAAGACUUGGGCUUGGUGACCCCCGAGGCAGCAUCUUUGGGCACAAUAAUCAAACCUCUGGUGGAGUAUGAUGACAUCAGCUCUGAUUCAGAUACCUUCUCUGACGACAUGGCCUUCAAAGUAGACAGGAGGGAGACUGAUGAACGCCGAGGAACGGAUCGGGGUGACCGCCUGCACAAACAUCGGCACCACCAGCACAGGCGUUCUCGGGACUUGGUGAAAACUAAACAGACCGAAAAAGAAAAAAAGCAGGAAGUCACCACCAAGUCGGGAUCCACGAAGGAUCGGCUAUCAGGAAGUUCAAAGCGUUCCAAUGAGGAGAAUGAUGACUCUGGGAAGGCACAGAUAUCCAAAAGCAGCAGCAACAAGGAAUCCAGGUCAGCCAAGCUCCAUAAGGAGAAGACCCGGAAAGAGCGUGAAUUGAAGUCUGGGCACAAAGACCGGAGUAAAAGUCAUCGGAAAAGGGAAACACCCAAAAGUUACAAAACAGUGGACAGUCCAAAACGCAGAUCUAGGAGUCCUCACAGGAAGUAUUCUGACAGCCCCAAGCCCGAUGAUAGCCCCUCGGGAGCUUCUUAUGGCCAAGAUUAUGAUGUGAGUCCCCCAAGGUCCCACACCUCCAGCAAUUACGAUUCCUACAAGAAGAGCCCUGGGAGCACCUCCAGGAGACAGUCAGUCAGUCCGCCCUACAAGGAGCCUUCCGCCUACCAGUCCAGCACCCGGUCUCCUAGCCCUUACAGCAGGCGACAGAGGUCUGUGAGUCCCUACAGCCGGAGACGUUCCUCCAGCUAUGAAAGGAGCGGCUCCUACAGCGGGAGGUCGCCCAGUCCCUAUGGACGACGGCGGUCUAGCAGCCCUUUCUUGAGCAAAAGGUCCUUGAGUCGGAGUCCACUUCCCAGUAGGAAAUCCAUGAAGUCUAGAAGUAGAAGUCCUGCAUAUUCAAGACACUCAUCUUCACAUAGUAAGAAGAAGAGAUCGGGGUCACGCAGUCGACAUUCCAGUAUCUCACCUGUCAGACUUCCGUUGAACUCCAGCUUGGGAGCUGAACUUAGUAGGAAAAAGAAAGAAAGAGCAGCAGCAGCUGCUGCAGCAAAAAUGGACGGAAAGGAAGCCAAGGGUUCACCAAAAUUUCUACCUAGAAAGGAGAAUAGUUCAGUAGAGGUUAAGGACUCAGGCUUGGAGUCUAAAAAGGUACCUAGGAAUAUAAAAUUGGAAAAAUCUGUCCCAGAUACUGAACUGAUGAAUGUAACACAUCAUACAGAGGUCAAAAGUUCUUUAGAAACAGGGAAAGAAAAGUUGGAUGAGAACUCUGAGAAGCAACUUGUUCUUAAGGAUUUGAAAGUACAGGGAACAAGAGACUUUAAACCUGUAGCAGUGAAAGAGGAGACUGUUACUCAAAAAGAGACAGAGACAUCAGAAAAGGAGCUCCCUGCACCUCUCCCCACAGUUAAUUCUCCUCCACCUCCUUUACCAACCACUACCCCUCCGCCUCAGAUACCCCCUUUGCCACCUCUGCCUCCAUUACCAGCAGUUGCACAGCAACCUCCACUCCCUCCUCCUCCCCAACCAGUAUUUAGUCAGGUCCUUACUUCUUGUACUUCAACUUUACCCGCUUCUACUCACUCAAGGACAUCCACUCUGUCAUCUCAGGUGAAUUCUCAGCCCCUUGUACAGGUUUCUGUGAAGAGUCAAGUGUCAGUAACAGCUGCUAUUCCACAUCUGAAAACGUCAACAUUGCCUCCUUUGCCUCUCCCACCCUUAUUACCUGGAGAUGAAGAUAUGGACAGUCCAAAAGAAACUCUGCCUUCAAAGCCUAUAAAGAAAGAGAAGGAACAAAGGACUCGUCAUUUACUCACAGACCUCCCUCUUCCUCCAGAGCUUCCUGGUGGGGAUCCCUCUCCUCCAGAUUCUCCAGAACCAAAGGCAAUCACACCACCUCAGCAACCAUAUAAAAAGAGACCAAAAAUUUGUUGUCCUCGUUAUGGAGAAAGAAGACAAACAGAAAGUGACUGGGGAAAGCGCUGUGUGGACAAGUUUGACAUUAUUGGAAUUAUAGGAGAGGGAACCUAUGGCCAAGUAUAUAAAGCCAAGGACAAAGACACUGGGGAGCUUGUGGCUUUGAAGAAGGUGAGACUUGACAAUGAAAAAGAGGGCUUCCCGAUUACAGCUAUCCGAGAAAUUAAAAUACUUCGUCAACUAAUCCACGGAAGUGUUGUUAACAUGAAGGAAAUUGUCACAGAUAAACAAGAUGCUCUGGAUUUCAAAAAGGACAAAGGUGCCUUUUAUCUUGUAUUUGAAUAUAUGGAUCAUGACUUAAUGGGACUGCUGGAAUCUGGUUUGGUGCACUUUUCUGAGGACCAUAUCAAGUCUUUCAUGAAACAGCUAAUGGAAGGAUUGGAUUACUGUCAUAAAAAGAAUUUCCUGCAUCGGGAUAUUAAAUGUUCUAACAUUUUGCUGAACAACAGUGGGCAAAUUAAGCUAGCAGAUUUUGGACUUGCUCGACUCUACAACUCUGAAGAAAGUCGCCCUUAUACAAACAAAGUCAUUACACUGUGGUACCGGCCUCCAGAACUUUUGCUGGGAGAGGAGCGUUAUACACCUGCCAUAGAUGUUUGGAGCUGUGGGUGCAUCCUUGGCGAACUGUUCACAAAGAAGCCCAUCUUUCAAGCUAAUCUGGAAUUGGCUCAACUAGAAUUGAUCAGUCGACUCUGUGGUAGCCCUUGUCCAGCUGUGUGGCCUGAUGUUAUAAAACUUCCCUACUUUAAUACCAUGAAACCCAAGAAGCAAUAUAGAAGACGUCUACGAGAAGAAUUUUCUUUCAUCCCUUCAGCAGCACUUGAUUUGCUGGACCACAUGCUGACACUAGAUCCUAGCAAACGCUGUACAGCUGAACAGACCCUACAGAGUGACUUCCUUAAAGAUGUUGAUCUCAGCAAAAUGGCUCCUCCAGACCUCCCCCACUGGCAAGAUUGCCAUGAAUUGUGGAGUAAGAAACGGCGUCGGCAGCGACAGAGUGGUAUUGUGGUAGAAGAUCCACCUCCAUCCAAAGCCUCUAGAAGAGAAACUACCUCAGGGACAAGUGCUGAGCCUAUAAAGAACAGCAGUCCAGCACCUCCUGAGCCUGCUCCUGGCAAGGUGGAGCCUGGGGCUGGGGCUGGGGAUGCAAUAGGCCUUGGUGACAUUACACAGCAGUUAAAUCAAAGUGAAUUGGCAGUGUUACUGAACCUGUUGCAGAGCCAAACUGACCUGAGCAUACCUCAGAUGGCACAGCUGCUUAACAUACACUCCAACCCAGAGAUGCAGCAGCAGCUGGAGGCUCUGAACCAGUCUAUCAGUGCCCUAACGGAAGCCACUUCCCAGCAGCAGAAUUCAGAACCCAUGGCCCCAGAGGCAUCUUUGAAGGAGACACCUUUGAAGGAGGCACCCCCUACCCCAGUGGUCCAGCCUUCAGCAGAACAGACGACCCCUGAAUCUUCAAGUACACCAGCUGACAUGCAGAAUAUGUUGGCAGUUCUCUUGAGUCAGCUGAUGAAAACCCAGGAGCCAGCAGGCAACCUGGAGGAAAACAACAGUGACAAGAACAGUGGGCCACAGGGACCCCGAAGAACUCCCACAAUGCCACAGGAGGAGGCAGCAGCAUGUCCUCACAUUCUUCCACCAGAGAAGAGGCCCCCUGAGCCCCCUGGACCUCCACCGCCGCCACCUCCACCCCCUCUGGUUGAAGGCGAUCUUUCCAGCGCCCCCCAGGAAUUGAACCCAGCUGUGACAGCCGCCUUGCUGCAACUUUUAUCCCAGCCUGAAGCAGAGCCUCCUGGCCACCUGCCACAUGAGCACCAGGCCUUGAGACCAGUGGAAUACUCCACCCGAUCCCAUCCCAACAGGACUUAUGGAAACACGGAUGGGCCAGAAACAGGGUUCAGUGCUGCUGACACUGAUGAACGCAACUCUGGUUCAACUUUGACAGAAUCCUUGGUUCAGACCCUGGUGAAGAACAGGACCUUCUCAGGCUCUGUGAGCCAACUUGGGGAGUCCGGCAGUUACCAGGGCACAGGGUCAGUGCAGUUCCCAGGGGACCAAGACCUUCGUUUUGCCAGAGUCCCUUUAGCUUUACACUCAGUGGUUGGGCAACCAUUUCUUAAGGCUGAGGGAAGCAGCAACUCUGUGGUACAUACAGAGAACAAAUUGCAAAACUAUGGGGAGCUGGGACCAGGAACCACUGGGGCCAGUGGCUCAGGAGCAAGCCUUAACUGGGGUACCCCAACUCAGUCCUCUGCUUUUGGAAAACUCUAUCGGGGGCCUACAAGAGUUCCACCAAGAGGGGGGAGAGGUAGAGGAGUUCCUUACUAACUAACCUAGGCUUAAGUGUCCUCAAGAAUUCUCCCCCAUCCAUUCUUUCAUCUAGUCAUAUGAAUCUUUAAUGAAAUAAUUUGCCAGAGCAGCCUUGCAAAUCAUCUGCAUUUGGCUAGUUCAAAGCUAUCCAUGUAUUUCUUGCUCACUUGCUACUAGCAGGCAGCAUAUAAAAUAAAUGUUGGAGUCACUUUCCCAUGGAUGGGCUGUAGCCAAAAAAAACAUUUACUUCAUUCUACCUAGUAUAGAUGCAUAAGUAGAGAAUACAAAGAUGGUCAUUAAAUUGAAAAGUAGAUGUUUUAUUGGUUCAUUGCCUGCAUUUCUUGAGCAAAGGAAAAAGGACACUUUCAGCUUUGAGAUGGCAUGGAAGAGACUUUCUUUCGUUGUUUUAAAGUGUUUUUUUAAUGAUUUAUUUGAAGCUUAGUUGAGUUUAUUUUUUCUUUAAAGAGAAUAGUGUUCACAAAAUAAGAGUUGCUCUUAGGCCUUUGCUAUAAAAGGAAGAGUAACCUGACUGAUUUAAAUACAUGUUUCCUUCUUUUCCACCAUCUCACAUUUUUGCUUUCAAGUGGACUCUCUUUUUAUACUCAUUGAGCAUCUUGGACAUAGCUGCCGCCCCCUCCCCCCAUGAAGCAUUCAAAUAUUCUGCUUUGGCAAAAGACAUACUGCCUCUCCCUGCACAUGAAGCAGUGACAUCUUGGGCAAGUUGGUAGAAUUUACUCCAUUCUCUCCCCUCCCCAACCCCUUUCUUGCCCUUCAUAGAAUUUCUCUUUCUCCCUAUCUCUUUGAGGCAUUUGUUUGGAAAAAAUUAAUUGUUGAGAUGCCCAAGAACUUGGGAUAAUUUUUUUAAUAAAGAAAAGGAAAUUUAAACUCCUAUAUUGUUCUCUGUAGCUCUUCAAUUCUAAAUAUUUGUUUUUUUUUUUUUUUAAUUUUGAUGGUGAAGUUUAUUUAUAAAUGUAGACAGAUGAGGACAUUGCUGCUGAACUGGGAUUAGAGAUGAUAUCUCCAUAUCUAGAGGGCUAGUAACAGUGGGUAGCAUAUUGUUUACAUAUAUUUUUAUGUCAAAAAACUUUGAAACAGAGCAUUGUAAUAUUGUCAAAGAGGAGCAAAUACAUCCUAAAAAUACAUGGACAUGUAACUUAGUUUAGGAUGAAUAUUUUUCUGAAAAUAUAUCAAUACCUGAGACCUUUUAAAAUAAUUUUAAGAGUAGACUGUGAGAACAGUAUUGACAUACACACAUCUCAGCAUGUAUAUCCUGCCAAUUCUUUUAGAGAUUUUUCUCCAGAGAAAUCUGAAACAGGAAUGGGGCAAAGGAAAGGCUUUUUGGGUGGGAUAACUUGGGAGGUUUCUCAUUCUGACUUCCAUUUCUACAUGAGUACCAGCAUACAGGGUGUUUUAAAAACAAAUUCAGAUAAGUGAUCUGCACAGACUUAGUCCUUUGUGAAAUGUAGUUUAGUCCCCAUUUGCAGAGAAAAGGCAAAUGUGCUUCAGCAUCUUGGAGAAUAGUUUCCAGAACUCAAAAGUGAAGUUUCAUGUUAUUGCCAAGUUCUUAUACUGAAAAAUAAAAAUUAUGUGUAAGAGAAAGGUGCACUAAUAAAAAAAAUACUUUGAGCCUC